GGAAAUCCCUCUCUUACCAUCAUUCAUCAGCGGCAGGGUUCGUUGUCUGGAAACGAGCUUAGCUCUCUAUUCCCCAACUCUUCCUGUCUCUCUAUUUUCACUUUCACUGUUAAUUUUUCAUUUUGAUCGAUCUCUCUCUUUGUAUAGUAGCUUCUUCUUCUUGUAUCUAUCUUAAUUCUUUAUGUACAAAUAGGUCUAGGGUUUUAAUUUUUUUUUUUUUUUAAUUAAUUUCCCUUUCAGUUUGUUAUAAGGUUUUGGCGAUAAAAUCCUUAUAUUUAUUAUUUUUUCAAAAUUUAUUAGUUUCAAUUUUGAUGUCUUUGCCAUGUAAUUGAGAGUGGAUUGGGGAUUAGGAAUUAGGGUUAGGGUUUUUGUUUUCCUUUUUUUUUACUGUAAUGGAUAUGGAGAGUACUCGUAGAUCGUUCGACAGAUCAAGGGAACCAGCGGGCUUGAAGAAACCUCGAUUGUCCGAGGACCAAACAGGCCUUAAUGUUCGCCCUUUCCCUCAGAGGCCAGCUGCAGCACUACCACCAUCCUCUUCUGCGAGAUUUAGGGCUACGAGCGAUAGAGACUCGGAGAGCAAUGAUUCAAGCCGUGGCGGCGCGUACCAGCCGCAAUCGCAGCAAUAUCACGAGCUUGUGAGCCAAUACAAGAGAGCUCUUGCGGAGCUAACUUUUAAUUCGAAGCCGAUAAUCACUAACUUGACUAUUAUUGCUGGCGAGAAUCUUCAUGCUGCGAAGGCGAUUGCUGCCACUGUCUGCGCUAAUAUUCUUGAGGUUCCCAGUGAACAAAAGCUGCCAUCACUUUAUCUUUUAGACAGCAUUGUAAAGAAUAUUGGAAGAGAUUACAUAAAAUACUUUGCAGCCAGACUACCUGAGGUAUUCUGCAAGGCAUACAGGCAGGUUGAUCCUCCUGUUCAUUCAAGCAUGCGGCAUCUUUUUGGAACUUGGAAAGGAGUCUUUCCUCCUCAGUCACUUCAGGCGAUUGAGAAGGAACUUGGCUUUGCUUCUGCAGUUAAUGGUUCAUCUUCUGGUGAUGCAACAUCUAGGCCUGAUGCUCAGUCUAGGCGCCCACAACAUAGCAUUCAUGUUAAUCCCAAGUACUUGGAAAUACAGCGUCUGCAGCAGUCAGGCAGGGCUAAAGCAGCGGCUAAUGACUUGAGUGUUUCUAUAUCCAACUCAACUGAGGAUACAGAGAGGCCGGAGAGAGCAGCUGGUCUUGGUGCUGGACGCUCAUGGGUGGAUCCUUCUGUUAAAAUGCAAAACUUUCAACGGUCUCAUCGAGAAACUCCAACUGAAGCUGUUCAGCAGAAAAUUGGCACAAUAUACGGAGAUCUUGAAUAUAGUUCUGAUAUGUCAAGGAACUCGGAUGUGGGAAUUGGAAGAACUAGUGGAAGAAUUGCUGAGCAAGGAUCUGAAAAACCUUGGUAUGGAGCUGGCAACAGUGUCACAGAAACAAUACCUGGGCAAAGAAAUGGUUUCAGCAUGAAGCAUGGAUUUCCAAAUUUCUCAACAUCCAAGUCUGCUAAUGUUGAUUUUCUGCAACCUACGCAAGGCAUUGCAAGUAAAAGCAGUAAUGCGAUGUCUGCUAGCUGGAAAAACUCAGAGGAAGAAGAGUUUAUGUGGGAUAUGCACUCUAGAUUAUCAGAUCCCAAUGCAGUGAAUCCUUCUAAUAACUCCAGGAAAGAUCGUUGGACUCCUGAUGAUUCAGAGAAAUUGGAGUUUGACGAUCAACUCAGGAAGCCACAAAGUGCACAUGAGAUUUUGUCAAAGUUUGAUAGAGAAACUUCUGCUGAUUCUCUAUCCACUGAACAAAAAGAACAAGUUCCCUUUGGGCAUCAUUUGUCUUCACCGUGGCGACUUAAGGAGUCGCAUCCAACUGAUGGGCCAAUAAUUUCUGGGAGUUCUACUGUGAAUACAGGUCAGACAGAGGGCUACUCUGCCACUCUUGGAAGGUUGCCUAUGAAAGCAAGUUCUUCUGUGCCUAGAAUGCCCAUUCGACCACAUAUUGUUGGAGUCUCUGGCUCUGGGUUAUCCGCGAAGACUUCAUUAGGGUCAGGUCAACAAAGGUUUCAGACUUUGGGAGCAGCAUCGCUGUCUGGACAGUCACCAAUGCUCCAACGUCCACCCUCACCUUCAUUUCCAGCACAUUAUCCACAUCUGCAAUUGCAGAAUUCCAUAGAGCAAGACCUGUCUCAUCCUGAUUAUAAGGCGCAUCAAUUGUCAGGGAAUUUGCUGCCUUCAAAUGUUAAGCUCAGUAACUUGCAGAAACUGCAGGCCGAAGACUUGCCAACAUCAUCUCCUUCACUAACUUCUCAAAGAAGCCGCCAGUAUUCUAUUUCGCAGCCAAGACAAGUGGGCUCCAAACAGCCUGAAUCCUCUGGUCAGGUUCAAAGGACACACCUAAAUCUAGUUUCCAAAGUUGGCACUCCAUCAACUUCUGGAAGUUCUACACCAGAUCAUUCAACUCCACUUAGUGCAGAAACUUCUGGCCAAUCAAGUACAAGUAGUUUGUUAGCUGCCGUUAUGAAUAGUGGAAUCCUCUCUAAUAUAUCCACUGUUGGCCUUGCUAAUAAAAAUUUUCAGGAUGUUGGGAAAAACCCAACAGAGUCGAGCAUUAAGCCUCCUCUUCCAAGUGGGCCUCUUCCACAGAUUACAUCUUCUGGGACAAGGGUUGCGUCAGCAUCAGCUCCUCUGUCACAUGACGUCACAUCAGUUACCUCAAAUGUUUCUGAGAGGAAAGAAGAGCAACCACCAUUGCCUCCCGGUCCUCCACCUUCAUCUUUGCAAACUUCAAGUGCAGCAAAUAAGGUAGUUAAUCCAAUAUCAAAUCUUUUAAGCUCAUUAGUUGCCAAGGGAUUGAUAUCUGCAUCAAAGUCGGAGACAUCAUCUCCCUCACCGUCUCAGAUGCCUACUCAAUCAGACACACAGAACCUUGCUAACUCUAGCAACACUUCAACUUCUUCUCUUCCAGUUUCUUCUGCUGUUCCUGAUGCAUCCACUACAGAUGAAGUUUUGUUGUCCAAACCUGAUGCUGAAAAGCCUGUUAUGUUGUCUCAACCUACUUCAGCAGAGAUAAAAGGUCUCAUAGGAUUGGAGUUUAAGUCAGAUGUAAUUCGAGAAUUACAUCCGCCUGUUAUAAGUUCACUAUUUGAUGAUCUUCCACACCGGUGCAGCAUAUGUGGUCUUAGACUUAAGCUUAAAGAAAGGCUUGAUAGGCACUUGGAGUGGCAUACUUUGAGGAAGCCAGAACCAGAUGAUAUGAAUAAGGUUACUAGGAGAUGGUAUGCAGGGUCAGGGGACUGGGUUACUGGAAAGGCAGAGCUUCCAUUUGGAAUUGAGGCUUCCGUUUUCACAGAUGAGUUAGCAGGGACAAUGGAUGAGGAUGUACCAAUGGUUUCUGCAGACGAGGAUCAAUGUGUAUGCGUUUUGUGUGGUGAGCUGUUUGAAGAUUAUUAUAGUCAUCAGAUGAAGAAAUGGAUGUUCAAAGAAGCAGUGCACUUGACCCUUACUUCAAGGGAUGGGGGGAUAGGAACUACAAGUGAGAAUGGCGAAGGUCCCAUUGUUCAUAUCAAUUGCAUAUCAGAAAGCUCAGUUCAUGACUUGGGACUGACAAGUGGUAUUGAAAUGGAUAAGGAUGGAUAAUGCCUCACUUUGAAAACAAGACGCCAUGACUGAUUGGCAGGUAGAAGCAUGCUGGAAUUUCAGGCUUUACCAUACAUAAGGUUUGUGAAUGGUCAUAUGAUGCUAAUUUUGUUAUGCAUCAAAAUGAUGCUGAGAGCUGUCUUGUAAUAUUCCUGCUUGUUCUCAUCUUUUUUUUAGUCCCAUUUCCCCCUUUAUAGUCCAAUAUAAAUACAUAUAAAUGCUAGAUAGCUUAUGCUUCUUCACUAAUGUGGUUGAUGUGUUGUUCUUUUGAUGUGGUGUUAUUUGAGUUUUUGAAAGCGGGUCUGCACUCAAUACCAUCGUCUGAUGCCAACGACAAAAGGGAAUAACACUCUUACCAUUUCUGAUUCAGCUUCACAUUUGGCUUAUGUGCCUUCAUAGCACUAGAAUAGAAAUGAAGCUGCUGCUUUCUUUCCUUUUUCUUUUUGUUCUGUCAGUUUUAUCUCCCCAUUUCCUUUUUUGGAUAUCUGGUAUGGUAAUGUUAGUGCAUAUACAUUGUUGGUGAGACUUGGACGCUAAUGUACUAUGCUUCCUGUUUUCCCAACUGUUGAAAAUUCGGAUAUUUCUUAUUGGCCUCA